AUGAGCAUCGCCUUACUUGUUGCCCUGUUCUUGCUCAAGUCAGAUCGCAUUCAGAAAGCCAUUGAGAUAUGCAGCGAAUGUUUGAUUUUGCUAACUUGCACCGAUCAAAACAGCAAAGACCAAUUUGAUUCAGCACUGCUACAAUUUUACAGCGACAUCUAUACCAUUCUUUUCAGCGCUUAUCGUCAUAUCUCUGACUACAUAAGUGCGGAAAGAUACGGAAGGAAACUGUUUGACUUAUACAGAGGGUAUGGAAUUAUGCUUUAUAAACUUGGCGAAAGCCUAAAAGCAAAGGAAUAUUUUGAGAGGGCCCUUCCCAUAACAACCAAAAUUGGCGACAGAGAAGAGGAAGCAUCAUGUUAUGGAAACCUAGGUACUGUGUUUGAGUCGCUUGGCCAAUACGACAAAGCUGAAGAAUAUCUCCAAAAAGCGCUUCUCAUCACAACUGAAAUUGGCAACAGAGGAGGGGAAGCAUCAUGUUAUGGAAACCUAGGUACUGUGUUUGAGUCGCUUGGCCGAUACGACAAGGCUGAAGAGUAUCUCCAAAAAGCGCUUGUCAUCCAAACUGAAAUUGGCGACAGAGAAGGGAAGGCAAGUAGCUAUGGAAACCUGGGUACUGUGUUUGAGUCGCUUGGCCAAUACGACAAGGCUGAAGAGUAUAUCCAAAAAGCGCUUCUCAUCCAAACUGAAAUUGGCGACAGAGAAGGGAAGGCAAGUAGCUAUGGAAACCUAGGUACUGUGUUUGAGUCGCUUGGCCAAUACCACAAGGCUGAAGAGUAUAUCCAAAAAGCGCUUCUCAUCACAACUGAAAUUGGCAACAGAGGAGGGGAAGCAUCAUGUUAUGGAAACCUAGGUACUGUGUUUCUGUCCGUUGGCCAAUACGACAGGGCUGAAGAGUAUCUCCAAAAAGCGCUUGUCAUCCAAACUGAAAUUGGCGACAGAGAAGGGGAGGCAACUAACUAUGGAAACCUAGGUACUGUGUUUCUGUCCGUUGGCAAAUACGACAGGGCUGAAGAGUAUCUCCAAAAAGCGCUUGUCAUCCAAACUGAAAUUGGCGACAGAGAAGGGGAGGCAACUAACUAUGGAAACCUAGGUACUGUGUUUCUGUCCGUUGGCAAAUACGACAAGGCUGAAGAGUAUCUCCAAAAAGCGCUUGUCAUCAAAACUGAAAUUGGUGACAGAGAAGGGGAGGCAACUACCUAUGGAAACCUAGGUACUGUGUUUGAGUCGCUUGGCCAAUACGACAAGGCUGAAGAGUAUCUCCAAAAAGCGCUUGUCAUCAAAACUGAAAUUGGCGACAAAAAAGGGGAGGCAACUAACUAUGGAAACCUAGGUACUUUGUUUAAGUCGCUUGGCCAAUACGACAAGGCUGAAGAGUAUCUCCAAAAAGCGCUUGUCAUCCAAACUGAAAUUGGCAACAGAAAAGGGGAGGCAACUAGCUAUGGAAACCUAGGUACUGUGUUUGAGUCGCUUGGCCAAUACGACAAGGCUGAAGAGUAUCUCCAAAAAGCGCUUGUCAUCCAAACUGAAAUUGGCGACAGAGAAGGGGAGGCAACUAACUAUGGAAACCUAGGUACUGUGUUUCUGUCCGUUGGCAAAUACGACAAGGCUGAAGAGUAUCUCCAAAAAGCGCUUGUCAUCAAAACUGAAAUUGGUAACAGAGAAGGGGAGGCAACUACCUAUGGAAACCUAGGUACUGUGUUUGAGUCGCUUGGCCAAUACGACAAGGCUGAAGAGUAUAUCCAAAAAGCGCUUCUCAUCCAAACUGAAAUUGGCGACAAAAAAGGGGAGGCAACUAACUAUGGAAACCUAGGUACUUUGUUUAAGUCGCUUGGCCAAUACGACAAGGCUGAAGAGUAUCUCCAAAAAGCGCUUGUCAUCCAAACUGAAAUUGGCGACAGAAAAGGGGAGGCAACUAGCUAUGGAAACCUAGGUACUGUGUUUGAGUCGCUUGGCCAAUACGACAAGGCUGAAGAGUAUCUCCAAAAAGCGCUUGUCAUCCAAACUGAAAUUGGCGACAGAAAAGGGGAGGCAACUAGCUAUGGAAACCUAGGUACUGUGUUUGAGUCGCUUGGCCAAUACGACAAGGCUGAAGAGUAUCUCCAAAAAGCGCUAGUCAUCACAACUGAAAUUGGCGACAAAAAAGGGGAGGCAACUAACUAUGGAAACCUAGGUACUUUGUUUAAGUCGCUUGGCCAAUACCACAAGGCUGAAGAGUAUCUCCAAAAAGCGCUUGUCAUCAAAACUGAAAUUGGCGACAAAAAAGGGGAGGCAACUAACUAUGGAAACCUAGGUACUUUGUUUAAGUCGCUUGGCCAAUACGACAAGGCUGAAGAGUAUCUCCAAAAAGCGCUUGUCAUCCAAACUGAAAUUGGCGACAGAGAAGGGGAGGCAACUAGCUAUGGAAACCUAGGUACUGUGUUUGAGUCGCUUGGCCAAUACGACAAGGCUGAAGAGUAUCUCCAAAAAGCGCUUGUCAUCCAAACUGAAAUUGGCGACAGAGAAGGGGAGGCAACUAGCUAUGGAAACCUAGGUACUGUGUUUGAGUCGCUUGGCCAAUACGACAAGGCUGAAGAGUAUCUCCAAAAAGCGCUUGUCAUCAAAACUGAAAUUGGCGACAAAAAAGGGGAGGCAACUAACUAUGGAAACCUAGGUACUUUGUUUAAGUCGCUUGGCCAAUACGACAAGGCUGAAGAGUAUCUCCAAAAAGCGCUUGUCAUCCAAACUGAAAUUGGCGACAAAAAAGGGGAGGCAACUAACUAUGGAAACCUAGGUACUUUGUUUAAGUCGCUUGGCCAAUACGACAAGGCUGAAGAGUAUCUCCAAAAAGCGCUUGUCAUCAAAACUGAAAUUGGCGACAGAGAAGGGGAGGCAACUAACUAUGGAAACCUAGGUACUGUGUUUCUGUCCGUUGGCCAAUACAAUAAGGCUGAAGAGUAUCUCCAAAAAGCGCUUGUCAUCCAAACUGAAAUUGGCGACAAAAAAGGGGAGGCAACUAGCUAUGGAAACCUAGGUACUGUGUUUGAGUUGCUUGGCCAAUACGACAAGGCUGAAGAGUAUCUCCAAAAAGCGCUUGUCAUCCAAACUGAAAUUGGCGACAGAGAAGGGGAGGCAACUAGCUAUGGAAACCUAGGUACUGUGUUUAAGUCGCUUGGCCAAUACGACAAGGCUGAAGAGUAUCUCCAAAAAGCGCUUGUCAUCACAACUGAAAUUGGCGACAGACAAAAGGAAGCAUCAUGUUAUGUAAACCUAGGUACUGUGUUUACGUCGCUUGGCCAAUACGACAAGGCUGAAGAGUAUCUCCAAAAAGCGCUUGUCAUCCAAACUGAAAUUGGCGACAGAGAAGGGGAGGCAGCUAACUAUGGAAACCUAGGUACUGUGUUUACGUCGCUUGGCCAAUACGACAAGGCUGAAGAGUAUCUCCAAAAAGCGCUUGUCAUCCAAACUGAAAUUGGCGACAAAAAAGGGCAAGGAUCAUGUUAUGGAAACCUAGGUACUGUGUUUACGUCGCUUGGCCAAUACGACAAGGCUGAAGAGUAUCUCCAAAAAGCGCUUGUCAUCCAAACUGAAAUUGGCGACAGAGAAGGGGAGGCAGCUAGCUAUGGAAACCUAGGUACUGUGUUUAGAACUGUUGGUGAUUUUGAAGCUUCGGAAGUAUGCUUGGAGAAAGCCUUAUUCAUAUCCAGAGAUAUUGGACAUAGAAGAAAAGAGUUCGAAAUCCUCGAAAGUUACGCCGUUUUGUAUUUAUGCCAAUAUAAAAUCAAAGACUCCCUGUCGUAUCUUCAUCUGUGCAUUGAAAAGUAUGAGGAGCUGAGAUAUUUCUUGGGCGCCAAUGAUCAGUUCAAAACAUCAUUUCUGGAGGACACUGGAAUAUUUCCCUACAAACUGCUUUGUACUUUGCUUUGUGACACCGGAAAUGCUCGGGAUGCUCUUUAUGUUGAGGAGUUGGGUCGAGCUAGAGGCCUAUCAGACUUAAUGGCAGAGAAGUACUCGGUUGAAACGCACAUCUCUGCUAAUCCACAAUCUUGGUUUGGCAUUGAGAACAUUUUAAGAAAGAAAAAAAACUGUACUUGUCUGUACAUUUCUUAUUUUCAGAAUCGUCUGCAUUUGUGGAUCUUGAAAACAAGUGGAGUCCUUCACUAUAGAAGAGUAUCACCAGAAGAGAAUCUAGUUCAGGCUGGGUUACCCAAAGAUUUGUCUUUGAGUCAAUUUUUAGAUGAUAAUUUCCGGAGUCUUGGUAUUUUGCCCACUAAAGAUUGUGAAGAUCGGUCUUUAAAUACGAUUAAAUUGCAACCUCUCUCCCCCGCGCAAAAGAGCUCAGCAAGAUUGCGACUCGUGGAGGAGGACGAGGCCGAGGACGAGAAAGUGAUUUCAAGUCUAUAUUUGUGUUACAAAAUGUUCAUUGCCCCCGUUUAUGAUUUGCUUGAUGAGCCUGAAGUCAUUAUUGUUCCUGACCGCAGAUUGUACAAAGUUCCCUUUGCUGCCCUGAGUGAAAGGGAAGGAGCCGAAUACUUGUCAGAGACUCAUAAGAUCCGUAUCAUUCCUUCGUUGACAACACUCAAGAACAUUCAAGAUAGUCCAGAGGACUAUCACAGCAACGCUGGUGCCUUGUUAAUAGGCAAUCCCAAGGUUAAUUGGCUGCAACCAUUGCCAGCUGCUAGAAAGGAAGCGGAGAUGGUCGGACGACUGGUGGGUGUUCCACCUCUAGUUGAAAAGAAAGCAACGAAGCAGGCGGUACUUGAGCGGAUAAGUUCAGUGAGCUUGAUACAUUUUGCUGCCCAUGGUAACGCGGAAAGAGGAGAAAUUGCACUCUCCCCCAUUCCUACUCCCAACAGUCAAAACGCUAUCCCGAAGGAAGCUUACAUGUUGACGAUGACUGAUGUCUCACGAGUGAAAGUCAGAGCUAAACUGGUGGUACUUAGCUGCUGUCACAGUGGAAGUGGAGAGAUAAGAGCCGAAGGAGUUAUAGGAAUUGCCCGUGCGUUCUUAGGAUCUGGUGCUCGCUCGGUAUUGGUUGCGCUGUGGGCCAUUCCAGACUCAGCAACAGAGAAGCUGAUGAGUCGGUUCUACGAACACCUCAUUGAAGGAGAAAGUGCCAGUGAAUCCCUUCAUCAGGCCAUGAAGUGGAUGAGAAAAAACGGCUUGAACCAAAUUUCUGAGUGGGCUUCGUUUACGCUGAUUGGAGAUGAUGUGAGAUUCGAGUUUGACAAGCAGAGGUAA